UUGAUGUUUCUGUCAGUUUUUAACGUUUAUUUCAAUAAGUUUUCGUCACGCUCAAAGUAUACGUGAUUUUUUUCAAUAUUAUUUAAUAUUAAGUGAUUAAUAUGUAGUGUUAAAUUACUCUAAUGUGCAUAAAUAUGGUGUAAAUAUCGAUAAAACUUGAUCGAAAAACGUUGACCCAUUUUGGUAAAGGUUUUGGGAUAUAUAUUAUUUUUUUGUGAAAAAUGGGAAUACGCUUUUCCACUGAGAAUAUUAUGAAAAAUGUGUCCGAAUACGUAAUUGGUAAGAAACGUAAGCACUGCGACUCAGAAGAUGAGGAAGUAAACAAAAUCAUUGAUAUUGCUCUUCAUACUCCAAAAAGGAAAAAGUUGACAACAACCGCAAAUUACAUAUACCAAGCGUUGUUCCAAGAGGGCAAAAACUCCGACGUGACAGUAUGCGCCCUCGGGGAGGAGUUCCAUCUGCACAGGAUAUACCUGUGUCAGAGUCCUUACUUUGCCAGCAUGUUUGGGGGGUCGUGGCUGGAAACGACGCAGAAAUACAUCCACAUCGACGUUGUAGAUCAAUUAAUCACUAUAGAUUCGCUCAAAGUUGUUUUGGGGUCCCUGUACAACUGCGAGAUAACUUUGAACCCUAUGGAAAUCGUACCUAUUUUGGCGACAGCCACCAUGUUCCAGCUGGACGGACUGAUAGAGAAAUGCACUGAAGUCAUGCUGGAGACUAUAAAUCCGAAGACUUCCCUCGAUUAUUACAACGCAGCUUGUCAAUACGGGGACAAGAAGCUGCAGCAGGUCUGCUUUCAAUGGUUCCUCGUCAAUCUGAUGCCGUAUUACUUCAACCAUCCGUUGUCUGAAAUUAGAACGUUACCAAUAUCGUUGAUGACGAAGCUUGUGGCUGAUCCUGAUCUCUACGUCAUACAGACGGAGUACACCAUUUACUUGAUGCUCAAGUAUUGGGUGUACAUGUUGGAGAAUGCGACGGAGCAGGAGCCGUGCAUCAACCAAGUCAACGAGUUCUUCAGCAAAAGAAAUGAGAGUCGGCCUUUCUUGUUAACCACAGAGGGCAAAAAAUACAUCCCAGUAUUCGAGGGCCUGAGGAUCCAAAACUUGAUAUCCCACCAGCUCGACGUAGUGCUGAUUUUGAAGGACAACAUUCUCCCCAGGACGUGGUUAGACCCGGUAGUACUCCAACAAUGGAAGAACGUCUUAAGGGUUAAUCAAAACGACGACAAAGGGCCGAGUGGAGUCCCCCAGGAAACCUUCCUGACGAGCAGCCUGAGGUGCGGCAGGGUGCUGCAGGUGAACGAGAGGCACGUGUGGAGGUGGACCGGCUUCCACUUCGGCGUCGACCUGCUCAUGAUCACCGACGGGCUCACGCUGUCGAUAAAACGGAACCACCGUUCGGAGUUCGAGCAACUGCUCAGCUUCCAGACCGUCAGGCAAAUUGCUAUUAGGGUGCGCGUGGUGAAACUGAACGAACAGAGACAGAUCGUGUACUCCAAGCAGUCGGACAUAUUGGAGUUGACGUUGGCCAAGGGCGAGGAAAUACAACUGAUGACGUUCGACAAAGACUUGAAAUAUCCGAUCAUCAUAUCGGCGAAUAUUUUGUACACGUCGCCCGACACGCAAGAACCCACAGAGCAAGAGGAGACCCUAAGCAUUACGUAGUGUUUUGUUAAGGCUUGGUGUUUUACGACGUGACGAACACUGUGGUGUUUUUUUAUCAUUUCCAAUGGAAAAGAAUGACGGUUUAGGUACACGUUAUCGAAGAAGGGUUGUUGAUUUUUCAACAGGUUUAUGGCUAUUGGAUUUGGUUGCAGGGAGCAAAGUACGUGGUAGAUAGUCAGAAAUUAUAAAACGAAUAUAUUGUUAUUUUUAAUUUUUAUAUAUGCACAUACCUUUUAGAAUAUUAAACUAUAUACAUAUAUAUAUAUAUAUACAUAUUAUAUUGUCGUUAUUAGUUAUUUCUGUUGCAAAUUUUAUAACAAUCUUAAUGAUAUAAAAGAGCUACAGUUGUAAAACAAACAUUUCUAGUCAUGUUACAUUAAUGUAUUGCAGCGAUUUUGGCCGUUAAUACUCAAAAAAAUUUGCAACGAGCUUCGAGUUGUGGCGUUGAUAUUUUUAUAGUCCCAAUCAACAAUAUACAUAUUAUAUUAAUUUUAGGACAAUACUGAUGAAACAAUUCUAUUAAUCGUUACCUGUGAUGUUAAUUGAGGAAAUGUUUACUUAAACAUACUUCUACAUAUUUAUGUUCUAUCUGAAUGUAAAACAAUUAUUUAAAUCAUUUUUAAACCGUAUAAUUAAGAUAACUAAACUUGUUACAUGUAUAUUUUUAUAACUUUAUAGUUUAGAUUUACAAUAAGUAUUUAAAAUCAUACUUUAAUAUGUUAUGGUUAUAUUAUAUUAGAUAGUUUUGAUCCACUAUAAAUUCCACAUCAAAAUAUUAAUAAUACGCAUUUAAAUUGGACUGUGAUAUGUGAAUUAUGUUUGAAGAAACACCUAAUGUCAAUAAUUGUAUUAUUUCAAUAGUUUUACUUGAUAUAACUUAUAGUGGAUGGAUUAGUUAUUUAUUUGUGCCAUUAAAAAUGUUACCAAAAGCAGCUACUUUAUUUUCAGGCUUUUAUUAUUGUUAAAUUUAGAUUUUUGCUUUCUAAACUUACACAAACUGAUACAUUAAUCAAAAACUAAUAUUGGAAAUAUGUUCAAUUUAUCGGGGGGUUAUUAAUUAAUAAUAGAUAUUUAAAAGUGCGCUUAACAUAUGUUAUAUAUCGCUAGUCAGUAACGCUUCAUGUUCAUUUAAAAUAUACGUUUGUAAUGAUC